UAUUCUACUUAAGUGUAUUCUUGUGUUUUUUGAACAAAAAAAUUAGUUUAUAAAAAUCAAACUAUUCGAAACGGUAUAAAAAAUUAUAAGGAGAAUAUGAAGCUUUACAAGUGGCUGACAAUUAUUGCUUUUGCAAUUGUUUUUUCACUCGUCAUUUACAUAGUCUUUAAUUAUAUUUACACCGAUGAACCUGAACUUCAGCUAGUCACUGUUGUGUUUAGACAUGGAGAUCGCAUGCCACAUACAAGUGCCGGGGAAGGAUACGUGAAUAAUCCGAAUGCAGAAAAUAAUUAUUUUCCAAUAGGUCAGGGCGGAUUGACAAACGAUGGCAAACUACGAGAAUAUAAUCUAGGACAAUUUCUUAGAGAAAAAUACAAUAAUUUUCUUGAUUCUACUUUUACGCCUGAAGUACUCGAAGCUCGGAGUACAAAUUACGAAAGAACGAUAUUGUCAUUACAGUUGGUUCUUGCAGGAUUAUAUCCGCCAAAUAAUGACCAAGUGUGGAAUCCAUCCCUUAAUUGGCAGCCAAUACCAACUUACUACGAGCCUGAAACAAAAGAUAUUUUGCUCUCGACAAUACUUUGCUCUCGCUUCCAAGAGCAAAGAGCAAAGAUCAUGCAAAUACCGGAAGUUAAGGAAAAAUUUGAAAGCUUUGCGGAUUUAUUGAAAAAUUUGACAACAUUAGUUGGAAGGCCAAUUACUACCACCUUUGACGUGGCCAAAAUAUACUUCACAAUUUUAACUGAAUAUGAAUCAAAUUUCACGAUACCGAAUUGGGCCUCCCGUUAUUUAUACAAUCAACAUGUGAUAAAUGCCAUCAAAUUUGAUUAUGAAAUAGCGGUAUACAAUAAUAUCAUGAAAAAAUUGACCGCAGGACCGUUGAUACGAAAAAUGUCAGAGGAUAUGAUAAGUGUAAGGAAUGGCUCAUUUACAAACGGAAGAAAAAUUUUCUUGUAUAGUGGACACGAGUCGAACCUUGUUACGUUACUUUCAUCCUUUGGAGUUUAUCAUUUUCAUGUUCCAAAAUUUUCUAGUGCAGUUAUAGUCGAAUUUUAUCGCCUCAAGGAAGAAUAUUACGUGCAGGUGGUCUAUUAUCUAGGGAUUCCUCCUGAAAUUGAAAUUAAGGAAAUUCCAGGUUGUUCGAAACUUUGCCCCCUUCACAAAUUUCUCGAAUUGAUGAAGCCUGUGACACCUAAUGAAGACGAAGUUAACAGCCAAUGUGAUUUAUAG